UCUGUCUGGCUGUCUCGAGCUUGCCUCCACUUCCAGAACUAAGCCGCCUGGGCACCAACAUCCCACCAAGCCGCCCCCUCUCCUCUCAUGGCAGGUUACUUACCCCCCAAAGGCUACGCCCCUUCGCCCCCACCUCCCUACCCUGUGACCACCGGAUACCCGGAGCCCACACCGCAUCCUGGGCCCGGGCAGGCGUCCGUGCCUGCCCAAGUGCCUCCCCCUGGGCCUGGCUUCGCUCUCUUCCCUUCGCCUGGCCCCGUGGCCCCCGGGCCUCCUGCCCCCUUCUUGCCACUGCCAGGGGUGCCUUCUGGUCUCGAGUUUCUGGUGCAGAUUGAUCAGAUCUUGAUUCACCAGAAGGCUGAGCGAGUGGAAACGUUCCUAGGCUGGGAGACCUGCAACCGGUAUGAACUGCGCUCAGGGGUCGGGCAGCCCCUCGGGCAGGCGGCUGAGGAGAGCAACUGCUGUGCCCGCCUGUGCUGUGGCACCCGAAGGCCACUUCGUGUCCGCCUGGCAGACCCUGGGGACCGCGAGGUGCUGCGCCUGAUCCGCCCACUCCACUGUGGCUGCCUCUGCUGCCCCUGUGGCCUCCAGGAGAUGGAAGUACAGGCUCCACCAGGCACCACCAUUGGUCACGUGCUACAAACCUGGCAUCCCUUCCUCCCUAAGUUCUCCAUCCAAGAUGCUGAUCGACAGACAGUCCUGCGAGUGGUGGGACCUUGCUGGACCUGUGGCUGUGGCACAGAUACCAACUUUGAGGUGAAGACCAGGGAUGAAUCCCGCAGCGUGGGCCGCAUCAGCAAGCAGUGGGGCGGGCUGCUGCGAGAAGCCCUCACGGACGCUGAUGACUUUGGCCUACAGUUUCCUCUGGAUCUCGAUGUGAGGGUGAAGGCUGUGCUGCUGGGGGCCACGUUCCUCAUUGACUACAUGUUCUUCGAGAAGCGAGGAGGCGCUGGGCCCUCUGCCAUCACCAGUUAGAGGAUGCCUCUGGGCGAAGAGACUGUCCCCUCAAGCAGAAUUCAAGAUGGUCACUUGCUCUGGCCUGGCCCAGCCCCACCUCAGAGACAGCCCCUUUCCUCCAUGUAUACUGCAAGGGACAGACAGGGGUUCCUGAGUGGCUGGGGGCCCUGAUGCCCCAACCCUGCCCUCUCCCCUGGCCUCCUUCACCUGUGGCCCCACAGAAGGGUAUAUAUAAGAGCCCUUUCCUGCUGCCUUCCAGUGGUCCCUCUGCACAAAGGCAUAACAGCUUUCAAACUUCCCCUGCCGCUCCUUCUCACCCCCUUCAGGGCCUCUGCACCAGAGAGGUCUUUGGAAUCCAGGACUUUGGUUUGACCACGGGGUUAGUGGGGGAAGAGCAAGUAGCACCAAAGAUGGCAGACAUGCUGCCUUUCCCCUGCAUCAGCUUGGCCAAUGAGUUCAGCCUCAGACUAUAGCACUUUGAGGGGAUUCCCACUUCCCCACUAACAGCUGUAAAGGCUGGGCCCUCGUGCCAACCUCCUUUCCCCAUUGGGCCCGGCCCACAGCUGGUGCUUGCUGCAGCUUCCUGUGCCUUACUUAACCACCCCUCCCUUCCCUUGCACUAGGAAGGAGGCUGCAUCUUUGUAUGCUGUAUUCAUAUAAAGUUUGUAACUUUUUGAA